GUUCCAUCCGGUUGUCGGUGUUUCGCUGCUGGAGCAGAUAUAAAUCGAAAAAUCAAAUAAUUGGUUUACGAUAAUUUUGUGUGUGAUGUUUUAGUAGUGAUCUGCCCAAUCAAAUAUAUAUUCAUAUUUUUGUAGAGCGCUGAGUGGGCCACUUACGUACACAUACAUAUGUAUAUGUUUUGUGGCGGUUUGUAACUAGUCUACAACGCAUUUUCUGGAUUAUAAAUUUGAAAGCCUGGAGGCGAAGCAACUUGUGCUCUGUUAAUAUGUUUUCAAACGUUGGAUUUAUAGAGAAAUGUCGAUGGCGAUUGAAAGUCUACGAGCACAAAUACCAGCAAAAUCGACACACAACCGGUGAAACGUCGAUCGUGGAAACUGAGUAUGGAAAAGUAGAAGGCGUUAAGCGGCUAACUAUUUACGACGUGCCAUACUACAGCUUCGAGGGUAUACCCUAUGCACAACCACCUGUGGGCGAGCUGCGCUUUAGAGCACCACAACGACCCAUACCAUGGGAGGGGGUGAGAGAUUGCAAAAGUACCAAAGAAAUGGCUGUGCAGAUACACGUCAUAACCGGCGCAAUGGAAGGCUCCGAAGACUGUCUCUACCUCAAUGUGUAUACGAAUAAUACACAGCCUGAUAAGCCGCGUCCAGUCAUGAUUUGGAUUCACGGCGGUGGACUCUGCACCGGUGAGGCUACACGUGAAUGGUAUGGACCUGAUUACUUUAUGCAAAAAGAUAUUGUGCUCGUGACAAUACAAUAUCGACUGGGUGUGUUGGGUUUUUUAUCGCUCAGCGCGCCCGAAUGUAAUGUACCUGGCAACGCUGCCCUUAAAGAUCAAGUUCUGGCUAUAAAAUGGGUUAAAAAUAACUGCGCCAGUUUCGGUGGCAAUCCCGACUGCAUAACGGUUUUUGGUGAAAGCGCUGGCGCUUCCGCCGCUCACUGCAUGAUGCUGACCGAACAGACACAAGGACUCUUUCACCGUGUGAUUUUAAUGUCGGGCACUGCCCUUCCUCUUUGGGAGACAGAAGGUCAAAAAUAUCGUGCAUUCAGUCUUGCGAAGUUGGCUGGCUAUAAGGGUGUUGAUAACGAUAAAAGUGUGCUUGAGUUUUUAAGAAAGUGUAAAGCGAAAGAUCUGAUGGCGCUUGAAGGGCGUACGCUGACGCCGGAAGAUCGUGCGCGCAAUGUAUCGACGCCGUUUGUCUACUGCGUGGAGCCAUAUGCGACGCCAGAAUGUGUGAUACCGAAGCCAAUAAGGGAAAUGAUGAAGACUGCGUGGGGCAAUGCGAUACCGCUGCUCGUCGGUCAUACGUCAGACGAAGGGCUGAUCUUUACGCAGGGAGCCAAGGCAUUAGCCAGUGCUGCCCAAAGGCAAAAAUGUUAUUCUCUGAAACCCUUUGUGCCUUAUGAAGUAGCCGACAAUGAAGAGAGUGAGAAAUUCGAGCAAAAAUUGAGAACAGUGCACGUGAGUGGUAAGACACCCACUAUCGAGGAGUAUAAAAAUAUCAUUGCUUACUCGUGCCUACACUUUCCGCUCUAUCGCCUCGUACUCUCACGUUUAACGCAUGCGGCAGGUGCGCCACUUUACCUAUAUCGUUUCGACUUUGACUCCGAAGAGUUGCCGCAUCCUUAUCGUAUAUUGCGUAUGGGACGUGGUUUGAAAGGCGUGGCGCACGGUGAUGAGCUGUCGUAUAUUUUUUCAAAUCUUUUUUCGCAGCGGUUGCCAAAGGAGAGUCGUGAAUAUAAAACGAUUAACCGUAUGAUAAGCUUUUGGACACAAUUUGCGCGCAGUGGCAACCCGAAUGACGAGGAUAUACCUGGUAUGGCAACGUUGACUUGGGAACCAUUGAAAAGAAGUGAACCAAAAAUAAACUGCUUAAAUAUAAGCGAUGAUUUGAAGUUAAUAGAAUGGCCAGAGUUACCGAACGCGAAAGUGUGGGCGAGCGCUUACGACAAGCGCAUCGAGUUGCUGUUCUGAGGCGAAAGGUUGUAGCCAGAAAGUAUUCGGAAUUUAGUCACUUGUUUGUAAUGAAAUAUUUAUAUGAAGCAUUUAACAUAUGUAUAUAUUUUUAUAAAAAUUAUAUAGUAAAAUUAUAUAUUUCGUUGUUUAUGAAAUUGUUGUUCGUAAAUACGUUCAUAUUGAUUGAACGAAAAUUAAUC